UCUUCCGGGCACUUGACAGUUGGUGUUUUUGUGUCAGGAACAUGGACGUGAGUCACCGAAUUAACGCUUUUAUUUGCUUUUGCAUCAUGAGACGUGCCUCCAGCCUGCGGAGACACUGACGGGAGGUUGUUCUACCUCGGGUCGCUUCGCGCACAUCAGAAAUCUGACGGUGGGGUUUUCUCUGGCAAAGUGUUGUUGUUUUUUUAAGGAGGCGACCCUUUUGUCUCCAGCGGCCGUCGUUGGUGUGUCGUCAACAUGGACUUGUACGGAUACAGCGGCGUCUUCCUGGUGAAGAGGUUCCUGGAUAACGUUCCUCUGGAAAUCGCAAACAUGUCCGACAUCGACAAGGCGAACCCGCACGGCUGCGACAACGGGGCGCUGACGGACCGCUUCGGCGUCCUGAUCCAGGGGCUCCUGGCCGUCGUCGCCUUCAGCACGCUGAUGCUGAAGAGGUUUCGCGAGCCAGUGGGGAUCAGGCGGCCAUGGAGGAUCUGGUUCUUUGACACGUCCAAACAGGCCAUCGGUGCUCUUUUCAUCCACUUUGCCAACGUCUUCCUGUCGACACUCACCAAAGAAGACCCAUGCUCCCUGUACCUCAUGAACUUCCUGCUGGACGCCACGCUGGGGAUGCUGGUCAUCUGGGUGGCUGUCAAGCUCGUGUCCAAGCUGGUGGAGCACAAGCAGUGGACGCUGCUCAUGUUUGGCGAGUAUGGGGAUCCGCCUCAGGCGGCUGCUUGGCUGGGUCAGUGUGGCAUCUACCUGCUCAUCAUGGUGCUGGAGAAAGGCAUCAUCAGCCUGGUGCUGCUCAUCCCAGGCUGGUCCAAACUGCAGGAGGUGUUGCUAAGCUACAUCGCUAACCCUCAGCUGGAGCUGGCACUGGUCAUGCUCAUUGUGCCCUUCAUAGUAAACUCCAUCAUGUUCUGGGUAGUGGACAGCCUGACGAUGAGGAAGUACAAGACCCUGAAGAGCCUAGAUGACUCCUGUGACAGCUCAGUCAGGAAGGUGGACUCUCAGUCCUGGGACGAGAACGAGGAGUCACGGGUCCUUCUCACUACAGACACCGAUGAAGCUUCAGAGGGGGAAGAGGAGCCUGACGACAUGGAGCCGGUCCCUCAUGUGCAGUGUUCAGGCGGACCCUUGAGGCCCAGCUGGGUGGUGGUGUGACCCCAGGUGACCCCGCUGUCCACAUACAACACUACCAACGAACAGCCAUCAAAUACAGACACUCACGUCAGAUUAAUUAAAGGUCUAUUUAAAUCAAAGCUCAUAUAACCUGCGAAUGUGAACACUACAGCCUUUGCUGCCUUCCUCUGUACUGAAGGUGUGUAUAGUUCAGUACUCCGAAUAUGCAUGUACACCCAGUAGCGUUUUAGAGGACUCGCUUCUCACCGUGCUGCUCAGAACUCAGAGAAACACCUCAGCAGGUGGGAAGAGGUCAGGACGGGCAGCAGCCGCAGGGCAAAAUGUGUGAACGACUGAGAGUCAAAGAAGCAGCUCUCUUCGCGCCAAAAGGAGAACUUCAUGGUUGUAAGUAAUCUGUAUAAAAUGUUACUUUAUCAAACAUCAAAGCCAUGUUUUUACCCUCCGAAUGCUUUUAAUGGUAGAAAGAUGCCGUUAAUCAUUUUCUUACGGCCCCAUUGGACCAAACUUGACGACAUGGAUAAACGUUUACUUUUCGUUUUUAACUUAAAGCUGACGCAAAGAUGAUACAUUUACUAUAAUAUCUAGGCGGUUGCACUUCAGCACCAACAGUAACCUUAAUAUUUAAGCAUGUAAUAGCCUGUUUUACAGCUUUAAAUUCUAACCUGGUGAAAGUAGAAUAAAUGUUAGAGAUGCUGCAUUUGAUGUAUCUGUUGCGUCUGACUCCAUCUGCAAAGCUCCUCCAUGAUGUCACCAGGGUUUGUUCACUUGCGUCAGCCCUGAACAACCUACCCCACCCGGUAACAUCAAGGGAGAGUUUUUACAGCUGAUGCCAGGAAAAACAUACCAUAUUGACGAACUCAGGCGGCAAAUAAGUCUUAACCUUGUAAUAAUAUCAUUUGCCAAUGUUGGAGCAUAGUUAUGAAAACAUUUAUAUACUUGAAUUCUCCUUUCCUUCUCGUAACGACAGCUCUAGUAUGUUGUUGUAGUAAACUCUAUGGGAUGAUGCAGCACCUGGAUGUUACUACUGCAGCUUCUGGGACAUUUAUUUAUUCUUUAUAUUUUACUCUGUAUACAUAUUGUGGACCAAUCUGUGUUGACAAUGUUGGAAUAUUUUUUUCUUCUUUUUUUUUUUUUUUUUUUUUUGCAUAUAAGCUUUAAAUUCAGUAAGACCUGAACAUAGAGCUGAUGUUUGUUUCUUUAUAUGAAUAUUCUGCAAUUUAUCAUCAUAAUAUUUUAGUAAGUUUACAUUUAUGGUUCAAUAGUCAUGACAUGUACUGUUUUUUAUCGCAGAGCAUCUUUUUGUAUAAAUAAACAGAUUGUGAACGUGCAGAUGAAACGGCAGCGACAGCAUCCUACAACAUGCACCUCUUCACGCUGUACCAUGAAUAAAGGUGAUUGACACGAGA